AAAUGCGGCCUCGCAUUGACAUCCACAUCAUUCGUGAUUAUCUACUGAAACAAAGAUGAAUGCUGUAACUGUGCUUGUAAUCUUGGCCACUGUUGGUUUCUCGUCUGCCGUAAGUAGAACAAUGAUUAUUAACACAACAAUUUUGUCAAUCAAAUUCAUUAAAUUACUUUUUACAACAUAUGAAGUAGUGUAUUCACGUAUAAACAUAUAUUUCAUUGGCUGUUAAUUAGACCGUGUUUCAGACUAAAAUUGAUAGCUAAUAUUUGCGGAGAGUUAAGGAUGUAUAUUAGUGACCAAGUGAAACCACAAAUUUCAGUAAUUAAGUUUUUGAAUAAAGUUAUAUAAAGAUGUUUACGAAAGUAGAAUACUGAUCGGAGAAUAAACGGCAUUUGUUGUACAUAUAUAUAGCUAUAGGGUGAACACCAAACACUUAAUGUCUGACAAUUUAUUUUGUUUCCCUAGAAUAUCAAGUUGCUGCUUUUCAGGAAAUUUUAAGCCCUCAAAUAAAUGACCUAAAGCUAAACCUUCCGGAAAUCAAGAAGCCCCCGGGGAUUAAUAGAGGUUACAUUAGUCUUUUCGAAAACAUGCUUAAUUCAUGUUCAACAUUGAUUGUUAUUUUUUUAUCUAGUUCUUGUUUGACAGGUGCACUAAUGAAGCAGAUUGUGUAGCCGACAAAUGUUGUCUAGGUGGGAAAAUAUGUAGUCCAAAACUUCCAGUUCAUGCAACAUGUUAUUUGACGGUAAGUUUUCUGUUGUUUUCAGAAGACGUAAUCAAAAGAGAAAAAUUGCCAAAAUUAAUUGUUAAAAUGUUAUUCUAUUUUGUAUAAUUAAUGGCUGCAUGAACACGAAUUUUAACUCGUUCACAAAUAAUUUUAAUUUCUGUCGCGCCUUAUACCUAUAUAACGAUUUUACGAUUGUCUUUUUUAUAGAACAUUCAUAGAUGUGGGUGUGUUUCAGGUUCCUCGUGCCAAGUGACAUUUAAUUAUACCGUUUUCGGCAAGACAUUUUAUUUGCGGCAGUGCAAGAGAGAUGAUGUCCCUGCAGAAAACAACGAUUUUGAGAAAGUCCGAAGACUCCUUGUCAGAGUGAGUGUAUAUAGUGUGCAAGUGGGGCACCCAGACGGGAGAGGGAGACAAAGGAUAACAUUUGCCCCAGGUUCCUAGUAAAUUAAAAUAUGCCGUGAUAAAUAGCACUUCUAUUUUCCCUGAAUUCAGGGCUGUAUUUUGCUAUUAUUCCUGCAUGCAGUGCAUGACCCUAUAUAUAGGUUUCAAAUUUUUCCCUCCAGAAUCCCUAACCGACUAUAUUGUAUACACCGAAUAUGGAUUGCCAAUAUUAUUUAAACAUUCUAAACAAAAGCGCAUAAUCCCCUGAUUGUCCUAAAAGUUCAAGAAUACAGAAUUCAAUUUUCUAGAGGAGCACAUGACGGUCAUGACGUCGACUUCAAAAUCUCAAAAAAUGGAAAAUCACCAGGGGCCCAAAGUUAUAAUUUUCCCUUAGCACACGUACACCGGGACUUAUAUACGUAGGCCUAGUAAGUAGAGUUUGGUUGGUUCUCUCCUGUUUUUCGAGGAUUUUUCACUUCAUAUCCUCCAGUUCUCUUCCCCAACAACUACUUACAGUUCAGUGUGCCUUAUGUGUGUAGCAUAUGUAUUACGAGACUCUGGCUUCAGUUUAUAUAUAUAUAUAUAUAUAUAUAUAUAUAUAUAUAUAUAUAUAUAUAUAUAUAUAUAUAUAUAUAUAUAUAUAUAUAUAUAUAUAUAUAUAAAUAUCACUAGCCUCCCAAAAAACUUCAUUUAUAUAAAACUUCAAGUUAGAAAUAAAUUUUAUUAAAUUUCAAAUAAAUACAUAAAUACGUUUCGGGGCACAGCCCCGUUUCGGGGCACAGCACGAAGGGGCUGUGCCCCGAAACGUAUUUAUGUAUUUAUUUGAAAUUUAAUAAAAUUUAUUUCUAACUUGAAGUUUUAUAUAUAUAUAUGAAUAGGUUUUGAUUGUCAUGCCUGGAUUAGUUCUGUCGGUUGGUUUAUUUUAAACCAACUGAAAGGGACUUCUUCAGGCAAAUUGUGAGAUUAUUUAUUAAAUUCCUCAGACGUUUCGCCGGUUAAGGCUUUAUCAGUGAGUACAAUAAUCUGAAUAAUAAAAUCGUCUUCUAUAUAUACAUGCAUUUAUCUCUUGAUUGAGAAUGUAAAAGCUAAAGAAUGUUAUUAAAAAUGUUAAUUUAAGUUCUAAGUUAAAAAUUAUAAAAUUAAGUUAAAAGAGUGAUUGUUAUUAUAUUGUUGAUUGCACCAUAGGAUAUAUUAGAAGCCUGAUUGUUCCAAUUAGUCAAACUAGAUAUUGAUAUUACGUCCAGAACAACCAUUCAUAAUUCUGUCCGAAUAAUUCCGAAUCUCAAGUGCUUCGAUCACUUCACGCUCAUACCGGUAAUUUAUAUUUGCAUGAAUGGAGGAUUUUCCAACUUAUUGUCGACUCGCUUUGUGGGUCAAUAUUGUGAGUUCUAAGGUGUACAUGAUGAACUGUUUGUUUAUCCAUUCUGAGAUGUUUGUUUAUCCAUUCUGAGAUGUUCCUUUAUCCGCGAUAUCUUCCGGUUUCUUCCACAUAGACCAGAUGACAAUGUAAACAAUUAAUAAGGUAGAUCGCAUUCUUAACCUUGCAUAAAUUAGUUUUAAUUGCUAGUUUACAAGUAUCACAGUUAUCGGGGCAACUUAGCUUCUCUUUACGUGGAGAACAUGUGAACGAACGGGUAAGGAUGUACUUAAAGCAAGACAAUUACAGUAUAAUCUACCAUCAGAAGAGGUAACUAUAAUUGAAACGGAUAAAUCUAAACGAUUAGUAGCAUUAGACGCGCAUACAUACAUUGAUAUGGUUAACAAAUCAACAAUAGAAUCGGGCAAUUACCAACCAGUUAAGAAAUUAAACCAACCUAGGACAGAACAGAACAGAUCAAUUUCAAUAAACAACUUAAUAUAAUUAUCAAGAAAUACGAACAUGAAUAUCCAACACUACAUAAAAACCUAAGACAGAAUAUUUGUAGUGACCCGCUACCUUGUCCGGUAUAUUGUUUACCUAAAGACCAUAAGGAUGGUGAAUUGAAAGGUAGACCAAUUCAUGCAGCCAUGCACCGACACCGUCAGCAUUACAUUAUGCUGUAGAUAGACUGAACCUUCAGUUAAGUACUUGCAUAGUAUGUUUAUGUAGAUACCACAACUUGGCCGUCACUCAGGGAGCCAGCUUGAUAAACUUACGGAGGGCCAGACUCCCACGAAGCGCCACCAUGGUUAGCACAGAGCGGAAAAAUUUUGAAAAAGCAAAUUUCAGUAUCAAACCUCCCUUCUAAAUUCCAUGUUUUGCUUAUAUUUUAGAGAAAAGGGACUUUGACUGGGGGGGAGGCAAAGUGGUUGAGUGGGGGGGGGGGGCACCGUGGGAGCUGGGGGGGGGCUUUGGCCCCUCCAGUUAUAUAGUUAAAAAAUGCCCUGACAUCAAAUUAAAACAUUAUAUUCACCUGAGUACAUAACAUCAAAACACACACACACAAAUAGAGUUUUGUUAAUAUUCUCUAACACAGAUGGGGGAGGAACUGAUCAUUUUUAAAAAGUGACCUUCGGUUUUCUUUUGGCAAGCUGAAAUCAGUUGGAGACGUUUAAUUUCUCGUUUCUUAGAAAUGCAGUACUGACAGUGUUGCUCAAGAUUGUGGACCAGGACGAUGCUGUCUUGGUGGAAAGUAUUGUGCACCUCUGAUUCCAAAAUAUGUCCCUUGCAAUCUCGAGGCAAGUAUAUUAUACUAAGUGAUAAUGAAUCCGGAAGAGAACUGAGGUAAAGAUUAUGUAAUUAAAUCAUUUUCGGAAAUGACGAGUGGACUGAGGUCGAGUGCCAAAAUGACUGAAGAAGUAUGUGCAAAAGGCACAUAAAUUAAUAUGCAUGACAAUUAAAGUUUGCACGACUCUGCAUAUUUGCAUAUAAAAUAGGACAACUGAGAGUUUAUAUAUAUAGCCUUGCAUAUUAUAAUUACGCAGCAAUAUACGUACGAGACCAGAGCAAGUGCUAAAUAUUGCGUGUAAAUUCCACCAUUCACCACAUCCUCAUCCUCGGUCCCAAACCCUGCGAGGCUGUCAAUUUCCCGUUUGUAAUCUAAAAUGACUGAAAAUUGCAAAUUUCACAAGGCUAUAUUUUCCGCAUUUUACAACAUUUCGCAACGAAACUUUGGAAUAUUACUAAUUUUGUGAUGCUCUUUCAAGCUAUGAUGAAAUUUUUGUCUAGACUUGUUUAGAUCAAAAUUUAGUCUAUUACGCAAAUGGUCAAUUGAUUUCCUUCAAUUUCAUUCUGUAUUAUUUACUAUAAUGGAACUCAUGUUAUUUACACUAUGCUACACGGCAAAAAACGCCGAGCCCGCUGCUUAACAGGAUUGAACAAUGUUUUGCUGCCCACGUUGUUCACACUUGUCAACCUCUGCUUGUCAACAAUAUUGAACAAUAUUGUUGAGCCUGAAUCGGGUGUAACAAUAUUGUUCAAUAUUGUAGACAACUGUGAACAAUGUGAAUAGCAAAGCAUUGUUCAAUCCUGUUUUCAUCAACAUUGCAACAACCUGAGCGUUUUUACUUUUUACGCGUGUUGAUCAGUACAUAUAACAAUACAUUUUCGGUUCAGUUUUGCCUCCGUACUACGUCAUGUAAUGUACACUAUAGUGGAUCGAUACUAUAUGACAAUGCAAGAGAGACUUGGAGCAAGUCUACGGUCCCAGGCCUCACGGUUGAGGCCCUGGGACCGAGGAUGCCAUUCACCACAGUUUCCUGUGAUUGAGGCUUAUUAUAAUAACUGAUCGUCAAACAUUCUCUCAUUUUGCAGGAUUCUCACAAAUGCCCCUGUGCUAGUGGACUGGAAUGCAGGGUAACGAAACAGCUGACGAUACCCGGAAUUCCCGGUUUAACAGAAAGUAUAACUCUGAGCUUCAAGCAAUGUAUGCCUGUGGAAGAAAGUAGCGAGGUUGAGGAUGUUGAAUUGACGGAGAAUUAAGGCUUAAAUCCUGUUCACGAGGACUGAAAGCAAGGAAAUUAAACCCAAAAGUUGAUUGAUUGUAGGCAUUUCAAUAAUGCAUAGAUGAAGAAUUAAUAAAACUGCAUUGAAAAACUCAAGUACGACUGUUUGAUUUGCUAUGACUCAAAAACUAAAAGAGCUAUUACACUUAACUAAAUCAC